AUGGAAUCGGAGGACUUCAAACUGGAAUCAAGCAGUAGGCGUCUUUUGAGACAUUUAUCACUGAAGGGUGACGUUAUAAAAGAGUACGAAUACCUUGAAGACAACCAAACCAGACUGUUUAUACAACCAGUCAGAGUUACACAGAAUAGAAACACCCAUGUUUGUGUUGUCAACCGAACAAGUGAAACAACAAGUGAGCUGUUGAUCAUUUCUUCCUCCGGUCAUCUGAUGUUUAUUUACCUUGGUCAGGACUUGACCAAUGGAUUUCGUCCAAAUGAUGUCGUGUGUGAUUCCCUCUGUAACAUAACUGUUACUGACCCAGACAACAAUCUCAUUCACCUACUGAAUCCUGACGGGGAUUUCUUGAAGCACUUACUGACAGAGAAUGAAGUAAAGACACCGACCUCAUUAUCCCUGUGUAAGUCUACACUAUGGGUUGGGAAUGAGAUAGGAAUUGUCAAAGUGUUUAGAAACAUGGCAUAA